AAAGCAAAGUAGAGAUUGUACCUAAUCUGUCCAAGUUGAUUUGAUAAUAUAAAAUGAUAGUUCGAAGCAAACAGCGAAUUAGUUGGUUUCAGAAGUUAGAUUUGUUGCACACGAUUAAUGCGAAUUCAUUUGUGGAUAAUAAAAUAAAUUUAAAAAUAGUUAAAAAAAUAUCAAAAAUAAAUUAUUUAAACAAUUACAAAUCACAAAACACAAAUCACAAAACACAAAACAAAAUAACAAAUCGGUAAAAUGGUUAUAGAAAAGUGGAAGGAAUGUGGUAUUGCGACGAAGUAUCCAACGUACAGAAAUUCAAAACUCAUCACAGUGCAGAGUUGGUUACUAGGAAAACAAAAAGACGAUGAAGCAGAAGGCUUAUGGCGCAUAUAUGAUUCCAUUUAUGAUUUUACGGAUUUUAUUGACAAACAUCCUGGCGGUUCUUUUUGGCUAAAAGAAACAAAGGGUACCGAUAUUACAGAGGCUUUCGAGGCACACCAUAUUUCAGCUGUUCCAACAAAAAUGAUUGAAAAGUAUAAAGUGCGUGAUGCAGCUAAACCUAGAAUUUAUACGCUUACAUUACAUGAAGAUGGGUUCUACAAAACACUUAAGAGACGCGUUCGUGAUACAAUAAAAACAAUGGACUAUACACCCAAGCGUACAACUAAUUAUAUGCAUUUUGGCUUACUGGUAGCUACUUUCAUUUUCAUCAUUGCAAGUGCUAAGGCUGGGAACAUAAUUUUUACAGGAUUGGCGAGCUUAUCCUUAUGUUGGCUAGUUAUUUCGGCUCAUAACUAUUUCCAUAGACGAGACAAUUGGCGUAUGUAUACAUUUAAUCUGAGUAUGAUGAAUUUUACAGCUUGGCGUGUAUCGCAUGCACUUUCACAUCACAUAUAUCCAAACUCAUUUUACGAUCUCGAACUAUCUAUGUUCGAACCUUUUCUCUGUUGGAUACCAAAUCCGUAUAUAAAGAAUUUAGCUAUGCGUUAUGUUAGUUGGGUGACUGAACCAAUUGUUUACUUAGUGGCAUUUCCAAUACAAAUGAUUACGAGAAUAGUAUAUUCGAUUAAAAAUACAAACAUAAUGCAUUGGCACGACUUACUUUGCUUAUCUAUACCAAUUAGCAUAUAUGUCACAAAUGAUUUAUCACUGCUGUUUUGUGUCAGACAAUGGAUUUUAAUAACACUCCUUUCUAGUUUUGUAUUUUGUAUAAUUGGCUUAAAUGCGGCACAUCAUGAUCCUAGAAUACAUCAUGAAGGCGAUGCAAAUCGAGAGGAUCGUGAUUGGGGCUUAUUCCAAGUCGAUACCAUCAUUGAUCGUGGAGACUUAAAACGUUCACAAUUCUUAGUAUUGACACAUUUUGGUGACCACAUACUUCACCAUUUAUUCCCUACUUUGGAUCACGGUUUGUUACCACAAUUAUAUCCGAUACUUUAUAAGACUUUAGACGAAUUUAAAGCUGAACUACGUGAGUGCAAUCAUUUAGAACAUAUUAUUGGCCAGCACCAACAGCUUUUGCGCAUUAAGACUAAUCCUAAACCGCCUGGAUUUGGAAAAUAAAAUAUAGUAACGGAAAGAUAACCUAUAUGUUUAAUUAGAAAUUGUGAGGCAACAGAAGUAUAUAAGAUUUUUUUUAGUCAUUUUUGUAUUAAGUUUGGCUACAACGAUUACUAUUGGUUUUGAACAUUUUAGAAUAUUUUUUGGAGUAUAUAUUAUUAAAAUAA